CGAACAUUGUACAAUUUCAUCAGGCUCGGCGUAAAUAAAAGGUGGUUCGGUGGUGGUGCCAGCACAAGCCACCGAUAGCCGUUAGAGUCGACGUCUCCCGGGGUUCUAGUGCAUGCCACGGACGAUGCGGGCGACUCAUGAUCUCGGCCUUGGGGCGUUGAAGCCUCGUCGUGCUGAGCCCACGGCUCUUUGACAUAAUACUGUCUUGCCCGUCGCCUCUUUUCAACUAUCAAACCUCAGUUGCAACAAUCACUACCUUCAAGUGUACGGAAAGCAAGCAUCAGUUGCCAUACUCGGCUCGCCACAUCCAAAGAUCGAAAGUCUGCAUCAUGUUCGAGAACUACACAGUGACGGCAUCGCGUCAUCCCUCGUCGCUACCACUCUCCAAUGAUGGCUUGUUCGGACCUGGCUGGACUGUUCCUCGCACUUCCUCACCUUGCGAGUCACAAUCAUCAAUCACCCAACUUUCGCAACAAUUCAGCGAAAUGCGCUACACGUCGCAACCAUUCUUCUAUCCUCAGCACCAACAGCCCAGCACCGAACGCGAGUCAGAAUCCCCAUUGCGCUCUGCUGAUUACGUGGGAUCUCUGUCUCCGUCAAGGAGGCGCGUCCAAAGACAACACGGAGUACGGAUGCUUUGCGACCCGUCUCACCUCCGUAACAUCCAGGACAUGGUGAACAAGAUGGUGGAGUCAGGAGACCAAUGUGCCGUCUCACCGGCGCGCGCUUCAAGUCCUGAAUCUACACCAUCCCAAGCGGACGACGAGGGCUACAGCAGCCUUGACGAGAAGCGACGUAAUGGCUCGAUAUGUUCGGUCUCAUCGGCGGGAUCUGCUGCAUCUGUUGGAUCCACGCUGGUUUUCAGACGCUCUGUGGACUCGAUCACAGGCGCCUGCAUAUCGAAAAACGUCCGCGUCAAGAAGGCCCGUAGCGCACGUGGCCUUCCCAAGCAGUCGUGAGCAGCUCUUGAGGCAUCUUGGGUAUUUGCGGUGGACGGAGUAAUUUGUGAUGGGUUGGGGUAUGGUUCCCUUGGAUGAUUGGCGCGAAGGCAUGGUGACGACUUACGAAUGGACAUGGGAUUGGGAUGGAACGGUCAAGAGAUGUGGGCGAGUAACAGGCAUUGAGCAGACGUUAAUCGCGGUCUGCUGGACACGGCAACCUAGAAGAUUUUAAUAAUAGCCACGAAUGACACUUGUCACUCAUGCGCAGCUGACAACUGCACUUUGAA